CGUUGGAGCAGCUGUCAGAUUUCAGUCUUUCCCAGAUUGAUCGUCCUUGCAGAAAGCCGCCUGUCAGACAUGACUGUGGAAGCAAAAGAGCUGCCAGGUUCCAAAGGUCAGAGGUCGUCUGUGUGAAUCAAAGUUUGGGAUCCAGAUCACGGUCGUCCUGUGCUGUGUCUGCACGGCUGGGCUGAUAACGGUGGUGCAUUCUUCUGCUGUCCAGAGGUAAUCUAUGACGGAGUGACGGGUCAUUAAACCUCACGCUGACAGCUGUGUUUGUGUACUACACUCUUGAUGUUUUCUGUUGUCUUGGACUCGUUGGCAUCGUUCUCGCCAAAUAUUCUCAUCUGUCUCGAGUCCAGCGUUGAGUAACUUCCUCCUCUAAAAACAAAAAGUGACAUCUGUGUUGAUAUUUGUUACAUUUUCCGUUGGCAGUCGAGGAGAAGCUCCAUAAUUUAUUAUUUUUAUUUCAGCAGACAGUGAAUAGACGGAGAGACGAUGGAGUCAGUGUGUCUGUGUGAUGAAUACAAAUGCAGACACAGAGAGAAAUAUCCGGAGCGAUGAGGCAGGGCAUGGACGAGAUGCUUCAGUUUGAAAAGAAGACAGGAGAGAAGAGAAGAGUUCACAGUUAUGAGACGGCAGUUCAGAGGCUGUCGGCUGCUAACCCGACUCUGUCUGAACGGUCUGUUCACGUCCUUUCAGAGCGAGGUCUGCUUCAGUGCGAAGGAGGAUUUGUGUUCUCCAGAGACCUGCGAGUUCAUUUUGUAAGUCACUGUUAACUUCUGCAACACGUUCACACACCUCCUGUCUGUUAACUGCACUGAAACUGAUGUUUGCACAAAUAACAUUCUAACUUUUGUUGCUAAUGUUGCUGUUCUAGAGCAGACAGAGGUAUUAAUGCAACACAACCAGACUCAAACCAACAGAAACUCACCUCCACACUGAUGUUUAAAGUGCUGAUUUAACUGUCAGAGAGGGAAAGGAGCGACACGCUUGAGCACAUAGAAGGAGAAAAUACAUCUGUGUGAAGUGAAACAAUGAAUUUAUUGUGUUUAUAUACAUAUAUAGGUUAAAGCAUGGCCAUAUUUCAACCACUGUUUGUGCAGGUGUGUGUGUGUGUGUGUGCAUUGUUCUAUUAAAUCUAUCGAGGCAGCUGCAUAGAUCUAAAAGUAGCACCACAGUACGAGUUCAGUGUCUCAGAAUAAGCAGAAAUAUUUAUAGACGUGAACUUUAAAGCACAAAAAGAGUUCACACACGAUCAGAUCGUUCCUUUUUCUUCAGUUUUCAGUGUCAGGAUUCAGCACAGAGGAGAAUGAUGAGAUGUUUGCAGGAAAAGUUCAGGCGUCCUUAAUGUCAUUAUGUGUGGCCGCAUUCCAUUUAGGUGUGCUAUAUUUAAAAAAAAAAAAAGGUCCUCGCUGUGCAUGCUGAGUCACCGUCACGGUUUAUUUUUCACCUGUGACAAGUCAAAACGUCUGCCGUCGUCCUUCAGUGUUGGUCAGUUUAUUACAGACACGAGCGCCUGAAGAAAGUCCCAACAUUAAAUAUUAAUCUUAACCAAACUACAGAUUUUUACAAGCAGUCAGACGUUGACGUGAGUCAUACGGUAUAAAAAACAACAAAAACAUAAUGAGCAAAUGUCGGGCGGCCAUCAUGAGUCAUCAUAUUUUGUCGGCUGGAGACAAAAAUCCAGUGAGCCUCAUGUUCAGUUAUUUGGACUCAUUAUUCGGACUCAUUGACCGCCCAAUCGAACCACACUCAGCUCAAUUUGUUUGGUUUGGUUCACUUUCACAUCUCCAAACCGCCUGGACAACGUCAUGCAGUUACACCAGCUGCUCGUUCGGGGGUGGUGUUGUCCAAAACAAGCAGCAGUAAAAAGAAAACCCGGCUCAUCGACUGGCUUUCUGAUCUAUGAUUCUCUGGAUAGUCUGUUUGCUUUCCCACCGUAAGCGAACCAGCACCAGCGUUCGCUUGCAAGUGGACCGAGACCCAGGCGGACCAGAGUUCAGAUGAGCUUUCACACCUGCCCAAAUGAACUCUGGUCCAUUUAAAGCAGACCAAACAGCACUGGUGUGAA